GAGGACGAGCUGGACCUGGACGUGGCGGAGAAGCUGAAGUAUCAGGACUGGUUGUCCCAGACCAUCCAGUCUCUGAACGACCAGCUGGACCAGUUCGAGGCCGACAUAGAGGUCUUGAACAACAAGAAGUCGUUGAAUAACGAGAACAAGUCCAGGCUGGCGCAGCUGAAGGCGCACCAGGAGAGACACCGAUGGCACAUCAAGAAGCUGGAGCUCAUCCUCCGCGCGCUGGACAACGAGGCGCUCGACAUGGGCGACCUCGCGUGCAUCAGAGACACGGUCGACAUGUACGUGGAGGCCCACCAGGACCCGGACUGCUACCACGACGAGGCGCUCUACGACUGCUUCGACCUCGCGGAGUUCGAGGAGAAGGCCGUGAAGCCGAGCACGCCCUCGGAGGCUCCGAAGGACGCCCCCGGCACGCCCGCGAGCAGCAAGGAGGAGCCGCAGAAGAAGGCCAAGGAGAGGGAGAAGAAGAAGAAGGAGGACAAGAAGGACAAGAAGAAGGAGGAGCGCGACAGAAAGGCCUCCGGCACGCCCAGCGGCACGCCCGUCGCGGCCAGCUCCGCGAAGGGCGUCGGCACCCCGAGCGGCGCCAAGGCCCGCGCGCCCCGCGCGCGGUCGGCGGUGGUGUCAGGGGCAGCGUCAGAG